AUGGCGAAAGGGGGCCGCAAAAUCGACAAGGAGACCUGGUGGUGGGAUGCCACAGUCCAGGGUUCAUUACGGGAAAAGAAAGCGCUCUUCAAGACGUGGCAAGUGACCAAAUCUCCUGAAGAUCGCGCAUCUUACAAGACAGCGAAAAGAGCUGCCAAGAAAGCUGUAGCUAGAGCCAGGCGUGACCACUUGCAACCAUUAUAUGCUAAGUUGGACACUCCUGAGGGGCACAAGCUCAUAUAUAAACUGGCGCGCUCUAGGGCCAAAGCAGCGCAAGAUAUUACUCGCUGCUGCAGCGUCAACGGCCCUAAUGGCGAGCUCCUGUACGAUGAUCGUGCGGUGAAGGAGAGAUGGCGCUCUUAUUUCCACGUUUUGCUGAAUACUCAGCACCGGGAAGUGCACCCUCCCGAACAACUCCCGAACCAUGGACUCGUGCCACCAAUUACACCUGACGAGGUCCUCGCAUCUCUUCGUCACAUGGAGAAUCGGAAAGCUGUCGGACCGGACGAGGUGCCAAUUGAAGCGUGGAAAGCGCUGGGGGCUCGUGGUGUGUGCAUUCUUACUAACCUUUAUAAUAGAAUCCUGAGCGACCGAAUAAUGCCCGAUCAGUGGCGGCUUAGUAUAAUAACGCCGGUCCACAAGGGUAAAGGGUCCGUUCAGGAUUGCGGUAAUUACCGCGGUAUAAAGGUGAUGUCACACACCAUGAAGCUCUUCGAGCGCAUUAUUGACGCCAGGAUCCGACAGGAGUGUACAGUGUCGGACUUCCAGUACGGUUUCCAACCAGGACGCGGUACCAUGGACCCUAUAUUCGCCCUAAGGAUCCUCAUGGAGAAGCACAGGGAAAAGAAUAUGCCUCUGCAUUUUUUAUUCCUAGACCUGCAGAAGGCCUUUGACUGUGUUCCUAGGGAGAUGAUCUGGUGGGCGUUGCGGUCGAAGUUGGUACCAGAGACCUACGUGGAAAUCGUACGUGACUACGACGACGCUACUACUACUACGUACCGCAACUCCGAUUCAAUAGUCAGGACCGCUGUUGGUGAUACCACCCCCUUCCCCAUAACCAUAGGCAUGCAUCAGGGCUCCGUCUUAAGCCCCUAUCUCUUCAGUGUGAUAUUAGACGAACUGUCAGCCAGCGUACAGAAACUACCGCAGCCUUGGCUGCUUAUGUACGCUGAUGAUAUCGCACUGCUAGAUAAGGACAAAGGACGGCUCACCAGACGCGUGCACGCAUAG